AUGCUUCGACGCACCACGACGACGCUGCGGGUGAGUCCGUACUCUCUCUUCCUCAAGGACCUGGCGAAGACGAAGGAGCUCAGCGGGAUGCCGCUGCAGGAGGGUGCGAAGGUCGCCUCCCGCAUGUACCGCGGCCUCCGCCCAGAGGAGCUGCAGGCACUCCAGAAGCGUGCGUCUAAAGCGCGGUACCCCGCACUCGACGCCUUUAACCGCUUCCAGCGCCAACAGGCGUUCCGCUUUACACACCUCAACAACAUCCAGCGCCAGCGCAUCAUUGCUAGGAUGUGGCACGACAUGCAGAAGAAGCAGACAGAUCUACGGGAGCUGAAGGCUGCAAAGAAGCUUCGUCUCAAGAAGAGCACCGACAAGAAACAGAAGAAGACGAAGAGCACCAGGGUCAGCACGACUAUGAAGCGGAAAAAGGUGACACUAAAGCGCAAGGCCCCAAAGAGGAAGUAA